AUGCUUAUUAUUGCUGAAUCUGUCACCAUCGAAGCUGGAUUCGGUAGCUUCUUGAUUUUAAUUGAAGCAAUUAAUGUAUGUAAUAAUCGUAUGCAAUCUAUGGAGCUACAAAUCCGAGGCCUCCGGAACGACACUUCGGAAAGUAAUCGCGAGAAGCGUAAACUGCGCCGAGAACGCGAUGACUCUCUACGAAUUAUUGAGGCUUAUGGAAGAAUGAGUUUAAAGGGAAAGUUCAAAACUAAAGAAGGAGGGAUGGAUGAUAAAGGGUUACGAUUGAGUAGAUUUGAUAUUGAAAUCAGAUCUGAGCAAAGGGUAGUGAUUCCAGUGAGUCUAGAAGGAAAUGACGCACCACCUAGGUCAUCUCACGAAGAAGAACGCAAAGAACCUUGCAUCUCUGAUCAUUCUUCAGCAGACACAAUUGAUAUAGUCAAGGAUCAAGAUGAAAGCCUAGUCGAGCCAGAGAAUCAAAUCCUUCCAAACCAAUCACUGGUAAAUCUCGGUGACAAACAUGGUUUAGAGCAGAAAUAG